ACAACGGCUGAAAUCACAACACCUGACACUUUGGCUGUCCUGAAGUUGGCAAAGAAGGACUUUUUGACAGUGAUUGGAAAAGUCUUUCCAGAGGAGUCCAGUCUUCAAAUGUCAGAAAUCAUGCAUGUUGUUUAUUACCUUCAGGCAAUUAUCAUUUUAAAACAUGCACAACGAGUGGGUGUAGCCAAAUCAAUGACUGUAGAAGAAUGGCUGGCACGUAAGCCUGUAAAGGAACACUGUGUUGUUGGCGUCAAAGAGCACAAGACGGCAGCACAAGAAGUGGCCAUGUUUGCCCUGACCCAGGAGGAGGAGAUGUGGUUUGACAUAUACUACACCAGGAUCCGGCCACAGAUUCUGAGGUCCAAGGGGUGUAAAGAGGAUUUGGACCAAGGGAAGUUUUUUCUUUCCUCCAGAGAGACACCAAUUUACAACCCCUCCAAUGACCUGGCCAGACUUCAUACAAA